UCCGAGAUAUCGACAUGAUAACACAUACAAAACGCGUAAUAAUAAAACAAAUAAAGUAAAAAUAUUAAUAAAAAAUAUACUAAAUAUAAAACAAAACCCCAGUGCAAAUUUACCCUAGAACUACCCUUAAAUCUACUAUCUAAUUUUACCCAAGUGUACAAAUGUCAUUUGACGUCAUUGUCAAAAUCAGUGUGGAUUAAUAAAGAAGUGGGAUCGAGAGAAUAAAUUUAAUUUUAUUAUUAUUAUUAUUAUUUUGUAUUUUAUUUAUAUUAGUUCUGUGUCUAUUAAAUGUGUGUAGUGUCCGAUUGUUGAAAAAAAAUGGAUUAUAAAACUUUAGUUUUUAAUGCGGCCAGAGAUGGGAAUUUGACUCGUUUAAAGUCCUAUCUCUACACGGCCAGAUCUCAUUCCGAUUUAUCGGCCAUAGUCGGCGCACGAACCGGAGGUGCGACUCCACUGCUAAUCGCCUGCAGAAAUGGGCACGAGGAUGUGGUACAGCAUUUGAUCGAGAGAUGUCAUGCUGAUAUCGAGCAGACUGGAUCGGUGAUUUUCGAUGGCGAGACGAUAGAAGGAGCACCACCUCUUUGGUGUGCAGCAGCAGCCGGUUGGUCCAGUGUAGUACGCCUCCUAGUCUCCAGAGGCGCCAAAGUCAACUCAACAACCAGAACCAAUUCCACACCUUUGCGAGCGGCCUGUUUUGACGGCCACUUUGACAUAGUACAGUAUUUGGUAAAAAAUGGAGCAGAUAUCGAAGUUGCCAACAGGCACGGUCAUACUUGCCUUAUGAUAGCUUGUUACAAAGGGCAUGUCAAGAUCGCAAAAUUUCUUUUGGGCCUAAAUGCACGAGUCAAUAGGAAGAGUGUUAAAGGCAAUACAGCUUUGCACGAUUGUGCAGAAAGUGGCAGUUUGGAUAUUUUAAAACUUUUGUUGGAACAUGGAGCUGUCAUGGAUGUUGACUCAUAUGGAAUGACGCCGCUGAUGACAGCAAGCGUGACAGGUCACUCUCGAAUUGUAGAACAUUUAAUAAAUCUUCCCUGUGUCACCAGGGAAGAUAGAAUAGCAGCAUUAGAACUUUUGGGAGCAACUUAUGUCGAUAAAAAAAGGGAUAUGUUGGGAGCUUUAGAAUUGUGGAAACGGGCCAUGAAUGAAAGGUAUCACUCGUCAUUACCACCUAUACCACAUGUAGUCAGUACACCAGUACCAGCAUAUGAUUAUGCCAGAGAAGCCAGAGAUGCCCAAACUUUAGAAGAACUCAUGGCAGAUCCUGAUGAGAUGAGGAUGCAGGCUUUGGUUAUCAGGGAACGAAUAUUAGGUCCUGCACAUCCAGAUACAAGCUACUACAUCCGAUACCGAGGUGCAGUCUACGCCGAUUCUGGGCGUUUCGACAGAUGUAUAGAACUAUGGAAUUAUGCCCUAAACAUGCAACAAUCAAUUCUAGAACCCCUAAGUCCGAUGACCCAAAGUUCUUUAUUCUCAUUCACCGAAUUGUUCAGUUUUAUGAUGGGCGAAGAGGGUAGACCAACCACCAGAGGCCGAGUUGUACCACCGGUGGAGUAUGCUGAUUUGAUAAACGUUUUCAAAAAAGCCGUGAAAGAGGUUGAAUUCGGUAGAGACAUGUUGGAACGUUUAAAAGAUAAAGAUUUAACUAUGUUGAAUAGAAUGUUAGUUAUUACUUUGCACUUGGCUUGUCUCCUGACCAGGAUGUUAGAAACGAACGAAGACAAGGAUAUAGAACACGAUAUUUAUAAAAAUGUGUACGAAUUAGUCAAAUUGAAUGUUAAGGUUAAAUUAGGACGUACAGCGUUACAUUUAUCAUGUUGCCGGGAUGCAGCUUUAGUAGGCCGGUACCCGGCUUGUCAAUUCCCUUCGGCACAUUUAGCAAAAGUUUUACUAAAAGUAGGCGCAGAUCCAAAUGCAACCGAUGAACUAGGGAAUACUCCUUUGCACUUAGCAGCUUUGGCCAGGCCUUGUCCCCAAGCCUUAGCACAAAUUUUGCUUACAAACGGUGCACAUUUAGAUUUAAUAAACAUCAACGGCGAAACGUUUCAAAGUUUGCUAGAAGGUCAAUUCAUCCACGAGCUAUGCCAACCUGCCAAAUUCACCAAACUAAGUUGCCUUGCUGCUAAGACCAUAAAAAAUUUCAAAAUUCCCUACCGGGGUCAACUACCCAAAUGUCUGUACGAGUUUGUAGAAAACCAUUAAUUAUUAUAUUAUAAUAUUACUAUCUUGUGUUACUAAUAUAUAGAAGUUUACUAGGUUUAAGUUCCAGAAGUAUAGAUUGAUGUUUAUUUUUAUUUUCUUCGCAUAUUGCAAUAAUUAAAUUAACAUAUUCUAAAUGAAAUGGAAUAAUAUAUAUUUGAAACAGAAUUAUAUGAUGAAAUUAGUCUUAGCAAUAGAUGAAUUAAAUAACCAUGAUUGUUGAAGACAUAUGCUCCCCCGAAGAGAUGUGGAUUCAUUUAGCAGUUAUGAAAUUGUGAUAAGGCAUGUAUGAUAUUGUAUUUUUUAUAUGCUCUGUAAUGUAUAAAUAUAUAUAGGCCAUAUUACUUAAUAAAGGAUUGUCUU